AUGUCAAUCAAGACAACAUACCCGGCAGCUCCCAGCCACGCUCUCGUGAAAGUCCGUUUGCCCUCCUCUCCUCUCCUCCCAGGAACAAGAAUGCCCAAUCGUGUGGGCUUUGGGGGCGCCCUGUCGAGCACCGUCACCACUGCUGUAAAACGUCACCAUACCAUGACAAUUGCGUCAGAGACACGGCCGCUGCAGCGCCUUCGUCCCCCUGUGCUUGCGCAGAUGCAAGCCACGUAG